AUGGGCAACCUGCCCAUGGUUCCAAGCUACAAGCCCCAGCAGCCCCAGGCCGAGCAGGUUCCAAGCUACAAGCCCCAGCAGCCCCAGACCCAGCAGGUUCCAAGCUACAAGCCCCAGCAGCCCCAGACCCAGCAGGUUCCAAGCUACAAGCCCCAGCAGCCCCAGGCCCAGCAGGUUCCAAGCUACCAGCCACAGCAGCCACAGCCGCCCCAGGCCCAGCAGGUUCCACGCUACAAGUCCCAGCAGCCCCAGCCGCCCCAGGCCCAGCAGGUUCCACGCUACAAGCCCCAGCAGCCCCAGCCGCCCCAGGCCCAGCAGGUUCCACGCUACAAGCCCCAGCAGCCCCAGCAGCCCCAGCCGCCCCAGGCCCAGCAGGUUCCACGCUACAAGCCCCAGCAGCCCCAGCCGCCCCAGGCCCAGCAGGUUCCACGCUACAAGCCCCAGCAGCCCCAGCCGCCCCAGGCCCAGCAGGUUCCACGCUACAAGCCCCAGCAGCCCCAGCAGCCCCAGCCGCCCCAGGCCCAGCAGGUUCCACGCUACAAGCCCCAGCAGCCCCAGCAGCCCCAGCCGCCCCAGGCCCAGCAGGUUCCACGCUACAAGCCCCAGCAGCCCCAGCCGCCCCAGGCCCAGCAGGUUCCACGCUACAAGCCCCAGCAGCCCCAGGCGCCCCAGGCCCAGCAGGUUCCACGCUACAAGCCCCAGCCGCCCCAGGCGCCCCAGGCCCAGCAGGUUCCACGCUACAAGCCCCAGCCGCCCCAGGCGCCCCAGGCCCAGCAGGUUCCACGCUACAAGCCCCAGGCCCAGCGGGCUCCACGCUACCAGGCCCAGCGGCCCCCACGCUACCAGGCCCAGCGGCCCCAGGCCCAGCGGGCCCCACGCUACCAGCAGGCCCAGCGGGCCCCACGCUACCAGCAGGCCCAGCGGGCCCCACGCUACCAGCAGGCCCAGCAGGCCCCACGCUACCAGCAGGCCCAGCAGGCCCAGCAGGCCCAGCAGGCCCAGCAGGCCCAGCAGGCCCAGAGGUAUUCAACUGGAAUGAGCGGGAACCAUCUCAACAAUGAAAACAAAGGAAGAUUGGGCUACAGACUCAACUAGAGCACAAUUCUUGGAAGCUGUUGGCAGUGUUUCAACUAAUGAACUUGUACCAUGAGUCCUGAGAAAUAAAAUGGCUAUUGUUA